AUGUCGGCCUCCAGUAAGAAGUCACCUCCACAGCAGAUCCCCAAAGUCUACAAAUUUCUAUUUGGGGGUGGAGCUGGGAUGGCUGCUACCCUUUUCGUGCAGCCUUUGGAUUUGGUCAAGAAUCGCAUGCAGUUGAGUGGUGAGGGAGGUAAGGCAAAAGAACACAAGAACAGUUUACAAGCCCUGCGAUCUAUCUUUAGGAAUGAGGGACUUACAGGCAUAUACACAGGGUUAUCAGCUGGACUUUUACGACAAGCUACAUAUACAACAACACGACUGGGGAUAUAUAUGACGCUGUUUGAACACUUCUCAAAAGAUGGUAAAAAUCCAACAUUUUUGAUGAAGGCUGGGAUUGGUAUCACAGCAGGAGGUAUUGGUGCUUUUGUGGGAACACCUGCAGAAAUUUCUCUCAUCAGAAUGACAGCUGACGGGAGAUUACCUGCUGACCAAAAGAGAGGUUACACAAGUGUGUUUAAUGCUUUGUAUCGUAUUGCUACUGAGGAAGGUGUUCUUACUAUGUGGAGGGGAUGUAUGCCAACUGUGGGUCGUGCCAUGGUAGUCAAUGCUGUACAAUUGGCCACUUACUCACAGGCCAAGGAAAAUCUCAUGCGUACAGGUUACUUCAAAGAUAACUUGUUCCUUCAUUUUGUGGCCAGUAUGAUCAGUGGACUUGCUACUACUACUGCCUCCAUGCCUGUUGACAUUGCUAAGACCAGAAUCCAAAACAUGAAGAUCAUUGAUGGGAAGCCAGAAUAUAAGGGCGCUAUUGAUGUUUGGAUAAAGACCAUUGGACAGGAGGGUUUCUUCAGUCUUUGGAAAGGGUUCACACCAUACUACUUCCGUCUAGGUCCACAUACAGUACUUACCUUUAUCUUCCUUGAAAGAAUGAACAAAUUGUAUGCUACCUAUGUGAUGGGAAAUUCCUCAGCUGGUGGAGGACUAUAGUGUGUUAAGGACAUCAAAGACUUUCUCAGCCGGUGGAGGACUAUAGUGUGUUAAGGACAUCAAAGACUUUCUCAGCCGGUGGAGGACUAUAGUGUGUUAAGGACAUCAAAGACUCUCUCGGCCGGUGGAGGACAAUAGUGUUUUUAAUACAUCGAAGACAUUCAGUGAUUUGAUUGUCUUUUAAGAUCUGUAAAUUUCUACUUUAAAACUAUCUCUAGGAUUUCUGUGUCAUUUGAAUUUCGUUUUGGUUCACAUACUUCUUUACUUCACAAAGUGCUGAACAUUACAUUCACUUGGGUUACUAGCGAUACCCUUCUAUUUGUUGGAAGGUGACUGUGUAGAGCGUUUGUUAGGUGUUAGUAUUGGUAAACAGAUGGCUGAAAUUAAAUCCUGUGCCACUGUUGAUUACAGUAGAAUUUGCCGUGAUCUUGCAAGGUAUUGAUUUAUUGUGAAAACAAGCUUUCCGUAUCCAGUCUGAUAAAAAAAAAAUCUGACAAUAGAUUACUCACAUGUAAUACUUAACAGGUCAUAUUAGUUCUAUAAUAUGUCUGUCUAUUUGUCCAAUGCAUUUUAUUACUAAAACUAGGAUUAGCAAAUUUUCUUUGUGAUUUUCCUUUUUUGGAAACCAAAGUGCUACAAUUGAAUUAAGCAUUGCACGUUCCAGUUUAUACAAAUUUAAAGUUGUGAUGCAGAAGUUGGUCUGAUUGUGGGAAACUAUUGAUUACCUGAACCAUGCUGCUUGUUAUAAUCGUAAGAGUCAGUUAUUGAUGAUAUUAGAUCUUUUUAAUUAAUGAACUAUUAAUAUUUAUGUGCCAGUAUCCCACCAAUAAAAAAUAAUGAACUUGAUGGUGGAAUAUCUUUUAAUUUGAUAUUUAAUGGAGGUGAUUAUUUUCCCUGUAACUUGACAGGUAUUUUUUCCUAUCAACAAGUAUGUAAUGCAGCAGAGUUGCGGUGGAAAUGUGAUAUCAUACAUGCAUGUAGCUACCCAAUAAUUUGGUACCAGCUAUGACUGUUCUAGUUUAACGUCUAUCCAGUGACCUCCAAAGUUUGGCUGGGAUCACUUAUGGAUAGGAGUUAUUUAUACUGAAGUUUUCAUUAAACUAGACAUACAACUACAAUAGGUGUUUGUAUACUGACAUGUACUCAGUUAUCAGAGAUUAUGAGAUUAAAGUGCUUGUAAGAACUGUUUUAGAGUUCCAAGUUGGGAAAUUAUUAUAUCAAAGAAAAUUAUAUGCAGAGUGUACCCAUGGCUUACAUGUUUUAGUUAUAAAUCAAAAUAUGUGAUUUUGCCAUUACUAAAUUCUAACUUAUGUUAUAAGUGUGCAUUUGUCUAACUGGAGAUAUUAUUUGAAAAGUGAUUUUUGUUUAAAUUAGUACUUCUUGUUUAAGUUUUUCAUUUAGUUGUUUUAGUUAUAUUGAAAAUUAUGAUGUAAACCAUGCACAGGUGACAUUGAUGUGAUAAUUUUCUUUAGGAAGAUGAUAAUGAACGAUCAUCUACAUUACAGUAAUUAACAGUUGUCCUGUCAUAAGCCCAUGGCUCCAAUAAAUAAACUAUUAACUUAAAGUGAGGAAUGGGUUUAUUCAGGACAAAUAAUUAGUAUUGUUAAAAAAAGUUUUAAGAUGUUUAUAAGAGAUGUAAUAUAAUAAUAGACAUGGAUGGGCUUAUUUUUGGGCGUCAGCUUAUUGGCAGAUAAAUAUAGUGUAUGUCACUAAAUUGCUCAAAUUUCCGUUCAUUGACAAGGUUCCACUUGUGUCAUUACAACAUAUCAGUUUAAUCAAUGAUUAUUUGUUUAAUUGCGGUGAUUAAUCAAUCCAAGAUUUUCUGAAACAUAAUAUAGUAACUUUCAAGGUUGGAGUUACUGCGUAUUGAGUUUGAAAUGGAAAAAAAAUAUUAAAUCAGAUGCUUUACCAAAAAUUCCUGUUUAUUAAUUGAUUUAUGUCAAUAUUUUUUUAUUGUUUUACUUUUGUAAAUACUUACCACAUUUUGCAGAUGCCCAUUAUGUUUCCUUAUAAAGCUGACUUAUCAAUACUUGAUAUGAAUCAUUUAAGAAAUGAUCAAUAUUACAUUCUACUGCCAUUUAGUUAAUACAUUUAUAGUGCUAUAAAUGUCAAAUCAUGUUAAGCUUGUGAAUAAAAUAUGAGGACCAUGUAGUACAUAAAGACUGACCAAUGAUUUAAGAUGUUUUGUCAAAUGAUUCUGAAUCUUUUAAAUCAUUGUCAUAUUUCCUGACUACAGGGAAUCAUUUGGAGUACAAGGUGUCAAAUCUUGAUUAAUGGACUGGAUUUUACAAUAAAAUGUAUGGAGUGGCUGAAUUCAAAGCCUUGGCAUGUAGCCAGAACAACUCAAGAACAUGUCUUCAUAGUAGAGAGAUUUUACAUGUUAAUAUUAUGAAUGAGAAUUGAAUCUUGACAACUUGUGAUCAUUUUGUUGUGGAGAUUUUUUCUGACAAUGCAUUAUCCUGACAAUAUAUUUUGUCAAAGAAAAAAAUCUUUAAGUGAACAAAUUAAAAUGUGCAUAUUCCUAACAAAUUUAUUUUCCCCUUAAUUUACUAACCAACCGAAGGCAGCUGUAACAUUUUGUUCUCAGUUGACCACCCUGAACAUUGCUAAUGUGAUAGUAUUUACAACACAUCACAUUUUAUGCUUUUGUGUAUGUUAGGAGUGUUAUAAAUAUGAGAUUUUUUUAAUCCAGUCUCAAGAGUGUGUUCUAGGUACCUGUUUAUAUAUAGAGCUGGCAAGUGUACAUUUGUAAAUGGAUGUCAUAAUAAAAGUACUAUUGGAAGAA